AUGUCCCAUAACCCAUUUUAUUUGCCCUUUUUCAUUUCAAUCGACCCUCCCAGUCGGCCAGCCCCAACUCCGUUUCCAGACUCCAAGCCAGCAGAAGACGAGAGGCAGGUCACUGAGUUCAGGCAGCAGGCACAGGCGCGCAGCUCCAAGAAUUUCGAAUUUUCCCCAAAAUUACCGAACCCUUUUCCUCAAUCUUCAGGUUCAGGCAUCAAAAUCUCGGACCGCUCGAGUCUGCGAGAGCGAGACAGUGAGAGUGAGACUGUGAGAGGCGAAUGUGACAAUGUCGAUGGGAAUCAUAGGAUGGGGUUCACUGGUUCAGGGGAUGACAUUUUGCAGAUUAUGGAACGAUUUUUUCAACCAAAACGAAAGUCCAUACCCAAUUCUUCUACUUCUAGUUGUGGGUCUAGUCCCGCCACUGAUUCUAGUCGAGCACAAGAGUUAUUGAAUAACACAAAGAAGUCUCGGGCUCAAUUGAAUGUGGAUGAUCUUGUAUCUGAUCCAGGGAAACGGCCCCCUAUCGAAUCAUAUGAUCCUAAAAUUAGAGAUGUUGUUAGGAUGGCAUACUUGGAGAAGGGUCCUUGUCAACCAUAUGAACAUGAUUUCCCAAGAAGACCGAUGGAGAAUGAUAAUAGAUGUUUUCGGAAAGAAUGGUUCUCCGAAUUUCAUUGGUUGGAAUACAGUAUAGAAAAGGAUGCGGCGUAUUGUUUGCAUUGCUACCUGUUCAAACCUGAUAGAGGGAGUCAAGGGGGUGGACAUAUAUUUACUAAGACCGGUUUUAGGAAUUGGAAGCACAAAAAGACAUUGAAAGAUCAUGUCGGUCUCUUUGAUAGUUCUCAUAAUCAAGAUUUUGCAAAGUGUACCAACUUGAUGAAUCAAAAGCAAAGUAUCUCUUACGUUAUUUCUAGCCAAAGUAGUAGUCAACAACAAAGUUAUAGGACCAGGUUGACUGCGGUGCUAGAUUGUACUAGACUCCUCUUAAUGCAAGGAUUGUCAUUUCGUGGUCAUGAUGAAUCGGAAGAGUCUCUUAAUAGAGGAAAUCCGAUUGAGGUAUUGAACUGGUAUGCAGCUCGUUGUAAGGAAAUUAAAGAAGUAUUAUUUAGUAAUGCUCCUGGAAAUGACCAAAUGACUUCACCAACCAUCCAAAAGGAUUUGAUUAAUUGUUGUGCUGUAGAGACGACAAGGGCAAUUAUCAAUGAGAUUGGUGAUUCUUUGUUUUCAAUUUUAGUUGAUGAGGCUCGCGAUAAUUCUAUGAAAGAACAAAUGGCAGUUGUUUUAAGGUUUGUUGAUAAAAGUGGGCGAGUGAAGGAGCGUUUUUUGGGUAUAUCCCAUGUCACUGAUACUUGUGCCCAAUCACUGAAGGAUGCCAUUAAUGCAAUAUUUCCUACACAUGGGUUGAGUAUAUCUAGUCUGAGAGGUCAAGGCUAUGAUGGAGCAAGUAAUAUGUCAGGUGAGUUCAAUGGGUUGAAAGCUUUAAUUCUUAGAGAGAACCCGCAUGCUAUGUAUGUUCAUUGCUUCGCUCACCAGCUUCAGUUAGCAAUUGUAUCUGUGGCACGUAGGAAUUGUAUGGUUGGUGAUUUUUUGGACGUACUUGCUAUUAUUGUGAAUUUGGUUGGUGCAUCAUGUAAGCGUGUAGAUGCUCUUCGAACAAGUUAUCAAGCUAAUAUUCUGGAGAAACUUAAUACUGGGGAACUUAUUGGUGGAAGUGGUCAGUUUCAAGAAAUGAGUUUGGCACGCCCAGGUGAUACUAGAUGGGGCUCACAUUUAUUGACAGUUACUCGUUUCAUUAAUAUGUUUAAUGCUAUUAUAGAUGUUCUUGAGAAUAUAUCAGAAGAUGCCGUACAUUCAGAUCAAAAAUCUUUGGCCUUAAGACAAAUGAACAAUAUGCAAGAUUUUGAGUUUGUGUUUAGUCUUCACUUUAUGUUUGAAAUUCUUGCAAUUACAGACGACCUUUCACAAGCCUUACAGAAAAAGGAUCAGGAUAUUCAGAAUGCUAUGAGGUUAUUGAAUUUGUGUAAGUGUGCAUUGCAGAACUUGAGAGAGAAUGGUUGGGAUACUUUAUUCAGUAGGGUGAUUGAGUUUUGUGUUGAUAGACAUAUUUUAGUGCCUAAUAUGGAGGAUAUUGUAGUGGUGAAAGGUCGACCUAGGCGUGUAGCUCAACAGGUGACUUAUUUUCAUCGCUUUUAUGUUGAUUUAUAUUGUCAUGUGAUAGACUCAAUCUUGCAAGAGUUGAAUGAUCGAUUUCCAGAAACAACUACUGAGCUUUUUACUUGCAUUUCAUGUUUAAGUCCAAGAGAUUCAUUUGCAGCUUUUGAUAAGGAUAAAUUGCUACGUUUUGCUCAGUUCUAUCCUUUGGACUUCAAUAGUGAAGAACUUUUAUUACUUAGACCUCAACUUGAUAAGUUUCUUUUGCUUGUGAGAAUGGACGAAGCUUUCUUUAAUCUCAAUAGUAUAUCCUGGGUAGCUCAGAAGUUGAUUGAAACUAGAAGUUCCUGUUAUUUUCCAUUGGAUUAUAGGUUGCUCACCUUGGCUUUGAUAUUACCUGUGGCAACUGCAAGUGUUGAAAGGGUAUUUUCUGCUAUGAAUCUAAUCAAGAGUGAUUUGCGCAACAAAAUGGGUGAUAUCUGGUUGAAUGACAAUUUGUUGUCUAAGUUUACAGUUACAGAGUAA